CCGCAAUGCUGGAGUCACUGUCAUCGAACAAAGCACAAGCGGAUUUGCGCGAUUUUCAAUGCUUCAAUGACCUCCGUGGAGAUGUCAAACACUUCACAACGGAUUUAAUAGAAGCCGUGAUCAUGCUUGCCCUGUCGCUCAUUUCCUGUCACAUCUCAGCCGACAAUUUCAGCAUGCCUACUCUGCAAUUAGAACGGAUUGACGACAUCGACAAGGAAGGCUGGGACGGUGGUCGAAGGCGUCUACGUUUCUCAAACAAUUCUUGGCCCAAUAUAAGCCUGCCACAGAUUUGGGGAACUCUCUGCGCUUUUUGCUUUUUCGGUGGAUACCCUAGAAGGAAGCAUAAUUCGCGGAGCGUCGCCAAAUCCGCCGACGGCAUUACCCUAUCCAUCCGAAUGUUGUUUGAAGAUGAAGCAUUCACUCGCGACGGCCAGAUAUUCGCUAUCUAUUCCGGUCAGUUAUCAUACUCCGGCAUCCAGCGACAGGACGCUGUUUUUCCCCAUAAGCAGCCUGAUUGUCUCUCACUUAACUGGGACGAAUGGGCGUUGGCCCCGGGCAUUACUUUCAAACAUCCACACACCCCGGCCUCUAGCAUCGUCGACAUUAGAACGACCGUUGCGGUCAGAGACGCAUUGGAAAUCGACACAGUCAUCACCUUUGAAGACCAAAACUCGCGGCGUAACUAUCUUUUCGACGCUCUCAGUGCCCUACUUAUACUCACGAGAAACGGUGCAUUAGCUGAUCCUUGCCCGCAUCCCACCAAGGACUCCUUUCCAGUUCCAGUCAGACCUGAGUCUGCUGAUGGCCCCCUCAGGCCGGUUUCACCGUCUUCCGAUCUUAACGGCUGGCCUUCCUUGUUCUCAGCGGCUAUUCUCGCUACGAGAAAUACAGUCUCCGACUGUAUAUUUCUGUGUCUUCCGGGGAAAAGUCAAUUUCACCAACUGCUAUCAAUAGCGCUGAACAAUGAUAGGCAUCAUAGACUGCGACCGAGAUUUGUGCUUCAGGAAGAUGCAUGCUUGUCAUGUACUGUUUGUCUUGGGCGUGAUAUUGUGAAAGCAGACCAAAAGCUUCUAAAAACCCCCCUAUUGAUUAUUAUCUGCAACCCUGCUGCGUCAAGUACUCCACAGAAUUUGGUAACAGCAUCUUAGCACCAGAUUUCUUCUUCAUUAUUUAUUGUUGGGAGUACCGGUAUGCUAUUGGUUUGCAGUUGGCGAGGAAUUGGGUAAAACGCUGGUUGUGGGAGGAACUCUAGCUAGA